AUGGGCUGGGCUUCUCAGUUCGCUUUCAGGUCCGUGACAUAUAGGAGGCAGCACGGUCAACCAGUGCAUGCGGAUAUGGACGUCGUCAUCCAAGAAAUGGUGGCUUCAGAGGCAGCCGGAGUUCUCUUCACGUGCCAUCCUCUCUCUGGUCACCCUGGAUUCAUGAGCAUCUCGUCUAAUUUCGGCAUCGGAGAGACCGUCGAUAUUGAUAUUGAGCACCCU